AGCUGCAGACCUACGGAAUGUGCGUAAACUGUCGCUUAUGCUGGAGUGCGAAAAUACUAUGCCAAACGGGCGCCGUCUCGUUUGCUGCCUGCGCGCGUCUCCAAGGAUGAGAAGAUGCUCGGAUGCAUCCAUUACGGAUUUCGUUCUUAUUUGAACUGAAUAGCGAUUUAACUAUGUUUAUGUGUACGUUUCUUCACCCUGUUCGUGUAGUUUGUGGGUUCUGCUUAUGUUGAACGUGCUAUCCGAUGUAUGAAGUCCCUUCGUUGCGUUGGUGCUGCGGAAGACAAGAGAGCCGAGCUAACAUCCGUGGAAGAGAGCUAAUCAAUUUAGAGAAGAGAAAAAGAGGGAUAAUUAAGGGGUUGGGGAACUGACGAGAAGAGAGGGAACGAAAGGAGAGAGAACGUCGACCUCACACCCCAGAAAUUGAAACAGAAAGUGAGGAGCAUCUACCCUCCAUAGAGACACCCCUUUCAAGAGCCUAUUCACCAAACAUCUCCUUUUUUAUUGUAAUAAUUGUCAUGGGACAAUUAUUAAUUCUCUAAAAAAAAUAUGCUGAAAAAUAGACGGAAUUCUAUAUUUAAACUGACAUUAACAAAGUCAAGUGAGGAAAUAUAAAUGAUAAAUCAAGAGACCAUUUAAUAUCUAACAGUUCUUCAUGAUUUUUAAAACGAAGAAUAGAAUGUAUUGGUGAAAUGAACAUCAAGAGAACCUCUUAAUUGUCUUGUAUCGGAGGUGAUUUAUCAACAUAUUAGAACUAAGGGUGGGUCAUGACCAAUUUGCCAUGCAUGUUGUCAUGGUGACCAGCCCCUCCACCCCCUCCCCCCUCCUCUGGUUGGUCCAGCUUUUGCUGUGGCUUCACCACCAUGGACCUCAGCUGACAGAGGCCGUGCCCCCAUGUCCCAACCCUUGUAGCUGCUCCAAUCAGGCAAGCCGCGUCAUCUGUACAAGGAAGAGUUUAGAGGACGUACCGGACAGUAUAUCUGUGAACACAAGAUACCUCAACUUACAAGAGAACACGAUUCAGGUGAUAAAGUCAGACACAUUCAAGCACCUGCGGCAUUUGGAAAUACUACAGCUCUCCAAGAAUCACAUCCGACAGAUUGAGGUGGGCGCGUUCAAUGGCCUGCCAAACCUCAACACCCUUGAGCUCUUUGACAAUCGCCUCACGCUGGUACCAUCGCAGGCCUUUGAGUACCUCAGCAAGCUGCGGGAGCUCUGGCUACGGAACAACCCCAUCGAGACACUGCCAGCGUAUGCCUUUCACCGCGUUCCCUCUCUGCGCCGGCUCGACCUGGGCGAACUCAGAAAGCUGGACUACAUCUCCGAGGCCGCCUUUGAGGGCCUGGUCAACUUGCGCUUCCUGAACCUGGGCAUGUGCGGCCUGAAGGACAUCCCCAACCUCACGCCCUUGGUCAGACUGGAGGAGCUGGAGCUGUCAGGAAACCAGCUGGGGAUCGUCAGGCCGGGCUCCUUCCAGGGCCUGGUGUCACUGCGCAAGCUAUGGCUCAUGCACUCCAAGGUGACGGUCAUUGAGCGCAAUGCCUUCGACGACCUGAAGAACCUGGAGGAGCUCAACCUGUCCCACAACUCCCUGCAUUCACUGCCCCACGACCUCUUCACCCCGCUGCACCAGUUGGAGCGGGUGCACCUCAACCACAACCCCUGGGUGUGCAACUGCGAUGUCCUGUGGCUCAGUUGGUGGCUCAAGGAGACAGUGCCCAGUAACACCACAUGCUGUGCCCGUUGCCACGCGCCCCCAGUCCUGAAGGGCCGCUACAUCGGUGAGCUGGACCAGAGCCACUUCACAUGCUACGCUCCCGUCAUCGUAGAACCACCCACCGACCUCAAUGUCACAGAGGGUAUGGCCGCGGAGCUGAAGUGUCGCACUGGCACCUCCAUGACGUCUGUCAACUGGCUCACCCCAAAUGGCACCCUCAUGACCCAUGGAUCGUACCGUGUCAGGAUCUCAGUCCUUCAUGACGGAACCCUGAAUUUCACCAACGUUACUGUGCAGGACACGGGCCAAUACACCUGCAUGGUGACCAACUCCGCCGGCAACACCACGGCGACCGCAGUGCUCAAUGUGUCCUCCUCCGACUCCAGCAACCCCUACAGCUUCUUCACCACCGUCACUGUUGAAACGGUGGAAACAAACAAUGGUGAGGAUGCUGGGAGGCAGUACAUAAAUGAAACCUAUGUACCACCAGAUUACCUGGGUCCCACUUUUUCAGGAGGGGUACUGGGUAAAGGCAGGGCUGGAUUCACCAUAUCUCCAUCUCGCUCUUCUCUCAACUCUUUCUCCCCGCGUGCCAACAGAAACACUGAAAAUACAGUCACAGUGUCGAUAAUGGAUGUCACAAACAUUACUGGCCUGGACGACGUGAUGAAGACCACCAAGAUCAUCAUUGGCUGCUUUGUGGCCAUCACCUUCAUGGCAGCCGUGAUGCUUGUGGUCUUCUACAAGCUGAGGAAGCAGCACCAGCUGCAUAAGCACCAUGGCCCCACCCGCGCCAUUGAGAUCAUCAACGUGGAAGAUGAGAUUGGUGCCGGGGCCGGGAGCGGCAUCUCAGGGGGAUCGACCAUGCAAUCUGUGUGCGGAGGAGACGGAACAUUGAGGAUGCAUCACCCGGAAAUAGUCAACCUUCCCAACAUUGGGCGAUCAGAGCAUCUUAACCAUUACUACAAGGCCAAUCAUUUCAACAACAAUGUGAUGGGUCUGAGCAUUGGGACAGGGGCAGGAGUCGGUACUCUAAGCAACAAGAACAAUCUGUCUACACUUAACCAGCAGGGCCAGGAUAUCCCAAUCUCCUGUACACAGGUUCCAAUCUCCUCCACCACUUUCCAGACCAUGUCUGGAAAUGGCACCAACACCAACCCUCUUUCUGUUUCCCCACCUCUGCCAAUGUCCCUCCCCAUGCCCCCCAUGGGAUUACAUGGAUCGAUCAAGGGUUUCAUGGGCCAGAACCAGAACCCACAAAUGGAACCUCUUCUCUUCAAGGGAAACUCAAAGGAAAACGUUCAAGAGACUCAAAUUUGAGAACAACGAGUGAGGAGAGAGAGAGAGUGCAAGGGAACGACAGAGAGGGGAUUGAUGGCUGGUUUACGCACUGAAUGAUUAGACAUUACUGUGCGUUGACAUUACACCAAGAGAGAGGAUAGACUGACACCGCAAUACACAAACGCAUAGGCUGGUCAGCUAAAGUGUACUGAGCCAAGGAUUACCACAAUGGGCCACUUGUGUUUGUAGUAACGGUCACGGCAAUGGAGUUAAAUAUCGAACAUCGCUACAAUGUAAAUCUGUGCCAAAGCAAAUGUUUCUUGCCGUUUCUAUGAGUUGUAUUCACAUAGGGAAUUGAGCCACAGUACUUUCUUCCAAGUCUUUUUUGGCCAAUCAGUCAAGACAUGCACAGCACUUACCACAUUGAAGUUUGCGUUAUGAGACAUAACAGGAACAAAUACUAGACAUUUCUCUUUUACAGAAAACACUUGUGAAAGACACUCUGGUAUAAACUCACUAGUCUCCCUUGAGGCCGUAGGUAGGCAUAAAUGGAAGGACAAAUGGUACAGUACAGUACAAAUUACUGUGAAAAGUCACAAAUUCUAUCAGUAUAUUUUCAUUUGAAUAUGUAACAUUGCAGAUUCCAAUGCAGAGAUAUUUUGGAGGAUGUAUGAGCUGUAAUAGUUUGUUUUGUGAAUGAUCAGGGGUGGUGAUUGUGACGGUUGAUGAUACAAUACAUAUGUUUUGAGUUUGGCUUCUCAUCCAAAACCAUAAGGGCUCAAUUGCAACACUCAUUGUGAUUCUAUGAAUUUGGCUUCCAUGAACAUUGGAAAACCCCAGUGUUCUGUUUGACAAGCGUUUGUCUGUGAUAACUGGACAAUUCUGUUCUUGUUUGUUUUGAGAGUAUAUUCCAUAUAUUCCAGCAGGCUACUUGGUUAUUCAAAGGAGAGCUUCAGGUGCCAGCAUGUGCCAUCAGCAAAUGCAGGUGAAAUAACUAAACAGUGAGCUAAAAUCUUGCAAAGAAUGGUAUGGGCAAUGGAAAUGUUGACAAAGUGUACAACAACAGAUCAGUGGCAAGAUAUUUGCUAUAAGUGGGGAAUUUGAUAUGAACUCCUUUCUCAUGGUGACCAUUUUGAUGCCACGUAAUGCCGUCAGAAAGGGUGAUUAAAUGCCUGUCUUUGCCAUGGCAUUCCGUCGGUGGGUUCAACCACCAUAUUUGGUUUAGUGUAACAGAAAUGUAUGAUAAUCGUAUUUGGUUGUGUGACAGUUGUACAAGCCACUUUUUUUUACAGUGUACCUUUCAUGUGUUAAUACCAUUUAAAGCUUUGCGCAUUUAAACUGUCUUCGAUUAUUUUUGCUUAGUUUGAUAUAAUGUGUACAAUUGUCUAGCCAUGUAUCAUUCACAUGAAUAAAUAAAUCAUAUAUCGAGGUCAUGGAGGUCAAUGGAAACCACUUGAAAACAAACAAUAGUUAUGAAGAGUGAUACAAUUUUAAAUAUAGGUUGAAACUAUAUGGCAUACGAUUCACCCAUUAGUCAUCUUGGUAAUCAUAGUAUGAUGUCUGUUCUUAAAUAUCUCAUGACAGGCUUUUAGUCAUUCUAAUGAGAGAGUUACAUUGGCAUGAAAAGGACGCUUAAAGUGACACAGAAUCCAGUUUGUCUCCUGAAAAAAGCUUCCGCUUCACUCCUUAACCCCAAGAAUGAAAUCGGAAAAUGGUUGUUGCAAUUGAGAGCAAACUGAACACGCCGACCCAUAUUCAAGUGAAAGACCGAUUGUUGCAGCUGAGAUUAGAUGUAUGUGUAACUGUAAUACUACACACAGCAAGUAGUAUUUGUGUAUAUGGAGGUGAUCUUGCACCAACAUGCUGCUCUGUGUAAUUUGUUAACCACUCAACAUUUGCUUUCGCUGCACCCCUCUCUCCUCGCAGUGCUGCAUACAUUUUCAGAGCCGUUGCCUUGAGUGAGUGGGGAUGGUUGGUUCUUCUGAUCGUCUGGUUACUCCCGUAAUGAGUGUAACAUUAGAAACAAAGGUACAUGUUUUGGGGAAAUAAUGAUAACAUUAGUAAUAAUAUGAUCAAUUCUGAUAGAAUAUAUGAUUAUAUCUGUUGUAUUAGACAUGUACACUGGGCUUUCAGUUAGUUUGUUCAGGAUUAAUAUAUGAAAAACAACACGCAAAACUAUAGUCAACAACAGGUCCGUUUAUAGGUUGCCCAACCAAGGAACUAUGAGGGAGUUUUUCCUUUACGUUUGACACCCAGUUUCCGUAAUUAUGGUACUUCUCCUGAAAAAGAGUGAAGUCGAAUAAUGAUAUAGUAUUUUACUAAUGUGGUCCGGCAGACACUUUUUGUGAGCAGGGUUCAACUGUUUCCCUACUGAGACGCUACCCGAAUAUAAAUGAAGACCAAAAACUCCAACAUAUGGCUGCACUGUUGAUGUGCUCCAUUUGGUAACUGCACUGUCAGAUUUCAAAGAGCAUAUUAAAUACCUCCGAGUAAACCACAGAACAAGAUCCUGGAAUGAUAAUAUUUGGCCCAAUGUUUGAUGAUCAACAUCGCUAUUGUAGACAUGUUACUUUCAUACCAUUGGAGAAACUAUGUCUAUUGUUAAGCUGUAUUGUCAUUUAUACAUGUUGUAUUAUUGUUUGUUAUUAUUAUCAUUAUGAUCGUUAUUAUUUUAAGGACCCUGUUACACCCUGAAAUGAAUGGUGUAGUAAAUGUCUACCCAGCUGGAAUAUGAUGGAAGAAAUGUACAACAGGCACUACUAAACCAUGCCCGAGUAACAACACCAGUAAAGAACACAUGAACUUUUGACAACUAUGUCAUCUUUACUCUACUUUACAAAAGAAGAUGAUGAUGGCCUCUUGCAACAGAUGGAAUAGUCAGUGUGUCAUUUGUCAACCCUCCCCCCUCCACAGUAAUGGAAUACUGGUGUUGUAAACCACAAACUGACCUUUUGGUACGAGGUUCCAUUUGCUAAACAGAACGAGAAGCUGAACUAUGUUGUUGUUUGGAAAGCUUUUUAAUGAAAUGAAAGACAUGAAGUUAAGCUAUAGCAAACAUAUAGAUUUCUUGAAAUGCAAAAAUAAUAAAAGCAUCAUUUUUGUGUUCAUUUGUUUAAAAGAAUUCCGCAAGUUUUGGUUGUAUCUAAAGUGUAAUAUUAUCGAUAUGGUCAUUAUCAAUGUACUGUCAUCUGAUGUCACUUAUGAAUCAUAAACCCAGGGAUACAAAAUGGUGUAGUAGGAGGUUUGAAACAUUGUACUGCUUUUCUAUUCAACUUUGGCCACAUCAAUACAUAUGGUAUUUACACUUCUAUGAUUGUCUUACAAUGACUGAGAGGUACUAUACGUUGCUGUCUAUGCCAAUUUGGCUUAACUUUCUGCCAGCUGUAAAGACUAUUUCUCAUUAAGAACUGUUCAACACACACAGUUCCAAUUUAGUUUUGUUGUUUUGCCAUCUCGAACACCACAUACUACAAAACACUUUAACAGUUAAGCCGGGUAAAAUUCUGGUGACAUGAUAAUACAUUAAGUUACGGCGUGGAUUUUAUAACACAAAAAUGAAAUGAAUUCUGAACAAUAUCACUUAUUCUGUGUGUUUUGUCAUUUUUUGUUUUUCUACCUCUUAUGAAGAGAAGGGAGUUAGUACUUCUUUGACCACUAGCACAGUGUCCAUGUUGGGUCAGAGUCACAUCCAUGUAAGUUGUCAGAGUCAGCAGAGUUGUGUUGUGUCAGAGUCAAUUAAUUUAAAAACAUUUGAUGGACAUGACUGUAAAAACACCAGCAAAUCAGCUCCAAGUGAUUUUAAUUUAGGAAAUCUGUUUCAAAGUAUUUCCACACAUAAUAUAGAGAAAUAUGUGAUCAUAUACAAAUGUAAGCAAGGUUUGAAAUGAGUAUGUUUUAGUCAAAUGUUAUAUCUGUUUGGGCUUCUUGCGGUCAAUUUGCAGUUGACCAAUUAUUUAUAAUUAUGUUCCGGCCCCCUGACCAUCCGCUCAAGAAAAAAAUCGCCCCAUGGCUGAAUGAUCCCUGCUUUAUACCAUUUGGACUAUUAGUGUGCGGCCUAAUGCACGGAUGGGCUACUGGUGGUCACCCUUAUGUAGGCCCACGGAUCAAUUAAAAAAUAUAUGUUAGUCUGUGUCUCCAUUUACUGUUGAGAGUUAGAAUAGUAUAAUAUUAAUUUUGCAAUUUCGCGACUUGGUUGUGCAGUUACUGAUGGUCACUCAAUUAGCCAUGUCAGGAAAAAAAAGAUGUAUUGGUAAGUUAGCCUAGCUUGUAGUAAUAAUGGUGGAUUUACCCCAUUGAUUUUGUUAGUCACUCUCAAUCAGAUAUCAUAUUAAGAUAAGCUAACAUUUCCCUCCACCCUAUUACAAAAUGUGUAGAAUUGCAUGAAAUGUGUUCUAAAAUUACUAAAUCUUCUCUCCGCCCCAUGGCUAAAUGUGUAGAUUUGUAGCAAACGUACAUUAAAACGGCAACAUUUUCUCUCUGCCCCAUGGCAAAAUGUGAAGAAUUGCAGCAAGUCGUACAUUAAAACAGGGGGGACCUGCGUGCCACUGCAGCCCCUCAUGAUUAGUUCAGAUGUUAUAACACUACUUACACCACUGUGAGUAAGUACUCUUUGCUUUUUGUGAUGUUACUAGCAUGUUGACGUGUACAGUAAGUACCACGGUAAUAAUACUUGAGGUGGCCUGACAUACUGUCUUCAUAAUAUUUACAUAGGAACGGCAAUCUUUAGAACACAGCACAUGGUUUAUUGUAUGGUCUCAGUAUGGUCAGAAUGGAGUAACUGUCUGUGUUUUGCACCCACUUGGCCACAGAGUCAUGGUUGAGAACAGUUACCUGCAUCUGGUUCGUCAUACAAAGUUAAAUCUAACUUCCCAUAACCGCUGGUAUAAACCUACUGUACUGUAAUCCUGGUAUGUUCCACUUAUUUGUCCCAGUUUCAUAAUGUUUAUUGCAAAUUGAUUCCAACCAAUAUAAAGAAAUGUUGAUAGCCAAAUAAUGAAUACAUUGAUGAUACAUUUUACAUUUUUUGAUGAUUUGUGACGCUUGUGCACCAGGUUUAACAAAGACUACUGUACAUUUGGGACACUAUUCAAUUCUCUGGGGCAUGUUUGUAUGUGGUUGUCAGCCUGCAUCCCCUGGAGAACCCUAUUGGUCCCUGGAGACUUCCUUUACAUUCCUGUUGGAACAAGCAUCAAAAUGCAGUACAGACAGGGGAUCUGAAGAGAUAGAUUGGUAGUUAGUGAUGAGCUGCCAGUAAGGAUGGUGUUUAUUAAUAAGUUGAGGCAGAUAAUCUCGAGCUAAGACGAGUCUUGAAAGCAAUUGCACCCAAAACACCUUGAGGUGAAAAAUGCAAGUAGGGUCAUUCAUAACACACAGCAUGAUCUAUAAUUCUUAGCGUAAAGGAAAGAAAUGUGAGUUAGUGAAAGGAAAAACCGCAUACAUAACAUCUCUCAUGCCGUAUAUCUGCUUCUUCGUCGACAGAGCAGGCAGAUUUGAAGUGACACAAAUCGUAAUAUCCUUAAGAGGCCGUGAAGAGAGCAGCGAAAUGUGCCGUAUGCGGCGGAGGAGAACACAUCUAACAGGCAUCCCGGCGGAAAGGUUAACGUGGAAUGCUGGAAUGCAAAUGUGAUUCGAGGAACGUGUGAUCUUAACGCAGACGCGUGUGGCAGCGCUAGGUGGCCGUGCGAAGACGCCGUUCUCAUCGCUCACAGCAAGGCACAACCAUAUGUACCCGGAGGCUCAUUUUCUCAUCUUCCAAUUGUGACGUGACUAAUUGAAAUGAAAAGGGGCACAAAUUGUUUUUGGUGGAUGGGUGCAAUGACACCCAUCGCUGUCCCCUUUAUCUGGACACAAAACAUGGAUCUAUCCUCUUCCUGAGCCUUCUCUCUUGCCCUCUUUCUCUUCUUCCAUGCUAUUGUUCCCUUCAAAUUCAAUAGCCCCACAGCACUGAUUCUCAAGGGAUUUCCUUCCCACUACCAUGGCCCACAAAAAGACUGUACAUAUACUGCAGCAUCUGUUGGGAGACUGACAUUAGAUUAACUCUACUAUGGUGCUAUGGAGACGAGGUGUCCCAGUGUGUAAGCAGAUACAGUAGUGCCUCUGCUCGGGAACCAUGGAAAUUUGGUUUUUUUUUGCUGUAGGGAGGUAACACAUGCCUACAGUACAUGCAUACAAGAGCAGUUUAUGGUAGCUAUAUUCAAGUGUGGAUGUAGCAUCAACGGCUAGAUCCUGGCUGUGAAUUAUGUGGCCUGUUAGGGAAUUGAGUGACAUGAUCUGUGUGUGAGAGUUAGUGUGCGUAUUAGGGUUAUAUUGUAUUAAAUACAAUUCUUUUGAGAUAGUGAUUUUUAUACACUCACCGGACAGUUUACUAGGUACACUCAUCUAGUACCGGGUCGGACCCCACUUUGCCUCCAGAACAGCCUGAAUUCUUCUUCGCACCAUUCUACAAGGUGCCAGAAACAUUCAACUCUGAGAUGAGGACCGAAUGCAGUCUCUGUCUCUAACAGAUGUAAAUAAUCAAUUUACAGCAAAAUGCGAUUUUGAUCUCGAUUAAUAUUCUCUAGAAAUAUUGUAGUGUAUUCAGUGUAUUCUAGCUCAAGGUGCUAUGGAAGCUGUUAUCCUGUUUCUCUUUUAGUCAAACUCUUAAGCCAUAUCCUCACUUCCACUUCCCUAACACUCCUCCCUAAGGACAGUUUCCUCACCUCAUCUGAUGUCUCACUCAGGAGACAGCACUCAACCUAGCAAGCUAUGUCACCUCGAACAACUGCACAUUUGACUUUAUACUCGCAAAAAAAAGGAGGAAAAUGCCUAUUGUUUUCAUUUUGAUGGAUGUUUUGUAUCGUUUAAUGCAGAAAUGGGGUAGCGGGUUCGAGAUGAGGGAGUAGGUUGAUACAAUUUAUCUGGAGCCUGUGCCAACUCUUUUUAUGAUGAUUCAGUCUGUUCAUGUACCAACCUGAAACAAAUUUUGUGGAAUAAAGUAUGGACAAUUAUUGUUAA